CGUUAUCUGUAGCAAUGACAUUGUACCGAACACUAGAUAAGUCAGUGUGCCGAGUGGCUUACACUUUGUUAAUUUACAUGCUUUGAGGUGUGAGAAAGUUUUGACGUUGUCGUCAGUAUGUCAUCCACCACUGCAGGGUUCACGGAGGAGCGGCAGCGCCAACCGGCGCAGACGCCGCUGAACAUUGACUACAUCCCCACAGAAGAAGAGAGGAGAGUGUUGAGAGAGUGUAACCAGGAGAGCUUUUUUUAUAGGUCGGUUCCCUUCUCUGUAGUCAGUAUGGCUAUCACCCAAGCCCUCGUUGCCAGAGGGACUCUGUCGGCAUCUCCAAGAUUUGGAUCGUUACCCAAAGUGGCCUUUGCUGGCUUCUGUGGCUACCUGGCUGGAAAAAUGUCAUACAUGAAAACCUGUCAGGAAAAGUUCAAGAGGCUGGAGAACUCUCCUCUUGGCGAGAUUAUCAGGCAAAGGUCAGGGCUGCCUCCACUUAAAUCCCAGGGUCCUCAGUCAGAGUUGACUGACCCAGACACUCAGUCUUUUGAACCCAUAUUCCAGCCUGCAGAAUCCCCGACCCACAUGUCCACUUACAGCAAAGAUUAUGGAUAUGGCUACAGUCCAGAGCCACCAGCGCAAAUGGACAGAGGAGAUGACUUCAGUGCUCCAGUCCAGUCAUAUGUGGAAGAAGAGGAGCCCAAGCGGAAGGCUAUCCUCUAUGAGGACCUGAGGCUCAAAAACAGAGAGAACUAUGAGGUCACGCUUACUCAGAAAGCUGAUGCAUUGCUCAAAACACCACCUACGAAGGAGCCAGAAAGGCCCAAGAAAGAGAUGAAGAACAUCUAUGGAGACACCUGGGAGGAAUGAGUCCUUAUGUGAAAUUUAGGUGUGAUGAGUAUUCAGGUGUCACUGAUUCUACAGGACGGACUUCUCAGUGGUCCCUUUUCAUGAUGUACAAGAUUCUGAUAAUGUAUUUCAAGUAUUAAUAAAACCAAACAGUUUCA